AUGCCAUCAACCUACGCUCCCAGUCAAGUAAGGAUAAUUCCUAAUCCUCAACUUUCCAUAACCGCAACUCCAUUUAAGGAAAAUAAGCAAAAUGAGCUAGCAAUAUGCCCAUAUACAAGACCUGGAAAGCAAAUCAAGUCAAUUUGCCAUGAAGAUUUGGGAAAAGAGCUCCACGAUUUGAGGAAAGCCAUUAAUGAAAAGUUACGUUCAAGAAAUUUCCAGGGUUUGAAGUAUGAAGAUUUAUGUGUGCAUCCAUAUGUUGAGCUUCCGCAAGGGCACAAGAUACCUAACUUUAACACUUUCAAUGGUGAGGGAGACCCCGUCACUCAUUUAAAGGACUACUGUAGCAGAUUAAUUGGCAUUGGACAUGAUGAAACAAUACGAAUGAGACUAUUCAGUCAAAGUUUAUCAAGAUUGGUACUCACUUGGUACACCAAACAAGAUUUUAGCAAAUGCAACGCGUGGGAAGAUAUGGCCCGCGGCUUUAUAAAGCAAUAUGAGUUCAAUGUUAGAGGCGAUCUGCACAUAGCCGAUUUGCUCAAAUUAAAUAAAAUGCUGCAUGAGUCUUUCCAAGAAGAUGCCAUACAGUGGAGGUUAGAAGCUUCAAAAUACAUCCUCCAUUGCCUGAGAGAGCUAGAAAGUGGAAUUCAAGAAGGACGAAUUGUAGACAGCUCAGCAACUCAAGUCGUUCACCAAAACCUCCAAUCUAAGAUACCAGGAGAUAUGCAAAAUGAAAAGAAGGAAAACAAAUUCGGUUCCAUGACUAUGCAUCAAGCGCAAUGCCAUCAAAGUCACCAAAUUUUACAAUCUUACGCCACUAUGCAGCGUCCUCGCCAGCAGAAAUCACAACAUGGUUGCCAACAAGGGUAUCACCAGGCACAGUUUAGCUCUCGACAACAGAAGAAGAUGAAAUCUUUCUCCUUCACCCCUCUCGAUGAGCCAUUGUCAAAUAUACUUGAGAGAUUAAGUGCUCAGGGCAUUCUACAACCAAAAAAGGGAUUCAUACCUAAGCAUCCACUGCCAAACUUUGAUUUAUCUAAGAGUUGGGCUUACCGCUCAAACAUUCAAGGGCAUGACACUCAAGAAUGUCUAGCGUUGAGAUUCAAGAUUCAGAGUAUAAUUGAAAAUGGUAAGAUAAAGCGGCAACAAGAGCCUCCAACCAGCAAUGAUAAUAUCACAAACACAAAUGCAAUUAUUAUUAAGGGCGAUCCAUCAAAAUUGGCACCAAGGCCUUUGAAGAGAAAGCGUGCAACAACUCAGGAGGACUGA